UAUAUAACCUCUGUUGUAUAUACAAUUGUGAUUGAUAGUGUUGUGUUUGAACAAUUUCUUUUUAACAUAUUCAUUUUAUCAACGAAGAUAUAUUCUGCAGUUCUACAGUGAAUGAAUAAAUAAUUGAAGAUAUUAUAUUCAGAUAAACCAAUAUAGAAUACAUAGGAGAAGAAACGAUUGUAUAAAGCUGCAACUAAUACCAACAAUUUAAUCUUAUUCCUCAGAAAGUAACCAAAAGAAAUAAGAACCAUGACUAGCACAUCGCAAAAGCAUAAAAACUUUGUUGCGGAACCCAUGGGUGAAAAACCUGUUACAGAUCUAGCUGGAAUUGGAGAAGUCUUAGGCCGCAGAUUAGAAGCUGCUGGGUUUGAUAAGGCAUAUGUAGUACUUGGACAAUACUUGGUCCUAAAGAAGAACAGGGAGUUAUUUCAAGAAUGGAUGAAAGAUGCAUGUUCUGCUAAUGCAAAACAAUCGAGUGAUUGUUAUCAGUGUCUUUCCGAUUGGUGUGAAGAAUUUUUGUAAAAUAAUUAUAAAAUUAAUGUUAAUAUUAAACAAAAUGAAACUGUUAAUAUAGCAGAAUAUCUUUUAUAUUAUUUUAACGCAAAAUAUAAAAACUAUUUCUCUUUGGGAUGACAUUUUAAACAACUUUACUGUAGAAUAAUUAAGACAAGCGUUCGUAAAAAUGUUAUAAUAAUUUAGCAUAAUUUAAUAUGAUACAUAAUUUGAUAAUUUAAUGACACUAGAAACCAAUGAAAUUCUUACUGUAUGUGCAAGAUUUAUGUUAUUAGUAACUUUCAGUUAAAUUCUAUUUAUUUUUUUUAUAACCAUGUACUUUAUACAACAGCACAUUUUUCGUAUCAAUAAGUAUGUAUUGACAUUCAGUGUGUGAAUUUAUGUACAAUACUUAUACAUUUUUAAUAUAUCUUGUAAAAAAGUGUAAGAAAUAAGGAACAAAUUUAAUUUGAAAAUAUAUUUUUGACAUUAAUAACUAACGAUUAAGUUAUU